GCAGUAAAUUUAACUGGUUUCUUGAAGGUUAAAACUAAACAAAAAACUAAAAAAUUAGUUAAAAAUGAGCUUAAACGAUUCAGUGGAAUCAAACGCCGUUCCUGAAGCUACGGAAUCGGAAGAUUCAAUACUUAACAAUAAUGUGUCUUUAAGCAAACUAAAUCUGAGUGAGAUCGAGCACCCGGUAAAUAAAACCACAGAAAGCUAUAGCUCUAUAGCGAACAAUUCGGGUUUUAGUUUAAAUACAUCUUUGAACGGGGAAACAUCGGAGAGCAUUGCUCAAAGUUCAGUACCAAUGCAAGAAAGUGCAUGCGAAGAAGAAAGUAUAAUAGCUGUAGAAGAUGACGACGAUGAAGAGAAAAGCACUUUGCAAAUAGACAUUGGCGAUGAGGAAACGCUUUCCUAUUCAAAGUCAUUAACGCAAAUGAACGGUGAAAACUCGAGCAUUACCCUUAAACAAAACAAUAAAAAACGUAUAGAUAAGUGCAAAGUACAAAAUGGAGAAAACAUUGAGAAUGAUUUCCGCUUUGCUCAAAAUGUAUGUUGUAAUGUUAGUACACAUCCAAUAGAUGAAAGUACUCACAAGUCGAUUAGUAUUUCUAGUAAUAUAGAAAAAAAGGAAAAGGGUAUAGAACACAAGACUGCUGAAAUUCCUCCAGUUAAGAUUAGAGAUGUCGGAAUGCAAAAUGAGGAUGAAGUGUCCGACGAGGAAGCCACUUCUAUCACGGUAAAUGAAAAUAGCAGUAUGCAAGCGAAAGAAUUUUGCAAUGCUUCUGAAAUUACGGCCAAUGUCUGCGAAGACAUUGAUAUGCAAGACAAUGAUCUCCUGUUUCAAGAAAAAUCUGCCUUAUUCCAACAGCCUUUGUUAGAGUUAGGAAGACGAUUGUGGGCUUCCACAGCUCAAGAACAACAUUAUACUAAAGGUUGCCUCUGGUCACCUGAUGGUACUUGUCUUUUGCUCCCAGUGAAUUUAGAUGGCAUGCACAUUUUAGAAUUGCCACAAGAUUUAUAUAAUACUAAGCAACUAGAUUCGAAGAGAUCUUUAAGUUCUUUACCUUCGGCAAUUCAUAUUAAAGAAGGUGGAACGGUAUACGACUGUGUAUGGUAUCCAUUUAUGGAUAGCUCCGAUCCUGCCACUUGCUGCUGGCUAGCGAGUCGUCAACACGAGCCGAUUCAUAUGUGGGAUGCGUUCACCGGCGAAUUGCGGUGUACAUAUCGAGGAUAUGACGAAGUUGACGAAGUCGAGCCCGCCAUUUCUCUUCUUUUCAGUAAUGAUGGCCAGAAAGUUAUGGGCGGUUAUAAAAAAUCCAUUAAAAUUUUUGAUACUAACAUUCCUGGACGUAAAUGCAGUAACAUCACAGUAAAGCAAACAGUGUCUUGUUUCGCUGUAACGGCUGAAAAUAAUCACUGUGUAUCCACUGGGUCUUGGAAUGCUCAUAUAUAUCACUAUGAUUUGCGAGCACCAAAGCUAGGUCCUCUAUUUACUUUGGGUGGUCAUACAGGCGGUAUUACAUGGUUGCGUUAUUUUCCAAUAAACGAUAGCAAUUGGUAUUUAUUUAGCGGUGCUCGCAAAGAUAAUAAUAUACUGCAAUGGGAUAUGCGUAACUAUACGCAACCUGUGAGCAUUUUUGAACGUAAUGUUAAUACAAACCAACGCAUAUAUUUCGACUUGAAACGUGAAUGGCUAGUAAGUGGUGACACAACUGGCUCACUAAAGAUAUGGAAUUUGGAAGAUUCCGCAAAAACGGCACAGUUACCUAUACACGCCGAUUGCUGUAAUGGUGCCAACUUUCAUCCGUCGCUCCCCAUAUUGGCCACUAGCUCGGGUCAGUACCACUUUGUAGACGUAACCCAGGAUGAUAAAGAGACUAAGCAUAAGAAGCAAGUUAAGGAAACAGAAAAAUUUGUAGAUUACGAAAAUUCCGUUGUAUUGCUUUGGGUGGGAAAUGUGCCACCAUCAAAGUAA